AUGGACAAAUUUCUUCUUAGCCGACAACCCCCAAAGAUGUUGGCUGAGACACUUCGUAAACUUGCUACGAACAUUGACAGUGGCGGGCAACCACAACAGUCAUCGAAUCCUGAAGCGGAGAAUUAUUUGCGGUCUUACAAGAAAUACUGUGCCGCGCUGGGCAUUGAUGAAGAAACCGGAACGACCUCGUUCGAGCAAAGGCUUCGCCGAGACUAUCGAUGGCACACUGUACAGUACUGGUUCGUGGCAUCGGUUGCAAAUGGAAUGUUGUGGGCUCAAAUCAUCAUUGGAGCGGCGAUCACAGCCUUGGGAGCUACCCAUACCAGGGGAUCACAGACUGCCACGAUCUAUCUGGGAGCCGCAAGCACGGUGAUUGCUGGGUUCCUAACGUACUUCAAAUCCCGAAAUCAGCCAAAUCGUGCCCGGCAAUACCGCCAAGCACUGCGAAAGGUGCGCAACAAAAUGGACGAAACGGCGCGCGAAAUCUCAGAGUCAACAAGUCCCGAGGAAGCACUCGAAAAGGCCAAGAACAUCCUAAAUUUAUAUGACGAAGCCCUUGCUGAAGCUGCGGCGAAUUAUCCUGAUUUGUGGGUUGCAGUUCAAGAUAUGAAGAAAAUGCUUCCCGGAUCAAAAGAGACCGCCGCGGACGCUGUAGAUGCUGUGACGAAGCCGGAGAUAGUACCCCCACCGAUCACCGCAGGCGCCACUGGUGCAUCAUCGAGCACAACUGGCCAAUCGAACAUAGAUGUGUCUCCUCUGCCAAUUCAAGAGACCAGUGGAUCGGCGGCGCAGCUCGCAACAAAAGCGGGCUUGAGCGGUUCACCCGCCUUCCCACAAGACGACCAUAUCGCAUCUUCAGGACCGUCGAGUGAUCUUGAAAAGCAGGAUGCGUCAGUUGACAUUGUAUCAACGAAGACCGACUAG